GUCCUGCUUUCAGUAUCCCUUUUCCCCACUCCUCCAAUGCACACUGGGGCACAGCAGCUGUGGACGUGACUCCCGGCGCCUGUUUCCCGGAGCAUAUCUGUGGCCGUCUCUAGAGUCACUAUGCAUCAUGGGGUUCUAAGGAGAAGAGAUUAGUAUGGGCAAUCCCAACAAAACAUCUAGAUGGUGGGGCAUGGAUCUCCAUCCAUAUCUUGUGUUUCUGUAACCAGUUGAGCUCUUGCUGUCCUACUCUACCUAGAACCACUGGGGCUCCUGCAAAGCCAUCCUUUGUGGGACUCAUGCUCACUGUCCUAUGGAGGCAAGAAAUACAGUACUUGCAGUUCAGUGUUUUGUAACCUCUCUGUAUUGUGAGGCACUGGCAGUCCACAAGGCAGAGUGGAGCUCCUAUCUCCCUGCACAGUUCUAGAGCCCAGCCCCUCGUGAACAAACCCCAGAGUCCUGUUUCCACCCCCAACAACCUAUCCAGUAAUGCCUGGACUGAAAGAGCCAUUGAGACCCCACAAACUCAAUCAUGGCUCAUCCUUCCGUACGCAUCAAAGGAACAGAACACAGCUACAGCCCAGUCCUGUGCCAAGAUGACCAGUGUGCUGCCAGUAUCAAAGGGAGGCAUGCCCACUGUCCAUUCUGCAGCAUUUCAGAGGCUUAUCAGGACCUGUUCAUUCUCCAGGCUCACUACCGGGUCAAACACAUGGACAAGGGGCUUGACUUUGCAGGACUGAAGAUCCUGCGCUGCUGCAAUCACUGUGAGAUCGUGGGCACGAUCAAAGGGGAGAAGAAGUUCAAAGGGGCGCACUGGCACUGCUACCGCUGCCGCAAUGGCUUCAACCGGCGGGACGAGGCAGUGAAGCACUACAAAACCCACUUCCGGAACCCCCACACCACCUUCCAGAUCCAGAUCACACAGGAUGUCAACAGCCGCCAGUAUUACCAGCACAGCGCCGAAGCCCACCCUAAGGCCUAUGGCGGCCUCCAUGUCUCCACCGGAGCCAGCGUCGAUGUGAUGGCCAUAGGCUCGGUGCUGGCCCAGACCGUCCUGGCAUCAGGAUCGCCUGUCUUCACCACCGACAAAGGGACAGAAAACCUCUUGGACAGCCCUGCCAAGGACAGCCGUUUGAACAGCAGGAUCAUGCUGGGAGUAGAAGAGAUGGCGGGGCUCAGCACCUCCUCCUCAUCCCUUCCCACUCAUCAGACCCUGGUGCUGAUGGACCCUGAUGGAGACAGUGGCAACAUCAUCUUUGAAGAGGGAGCCAAUUCUGUGGCAGGGCAGCCCAGUGAGGGGCUGGAUCAGAACCUGCUGGAGAAACAACUGAUUGAGCUGCACCAGCAGAACCAACAGCUGCUGGAGGAGAAGAAGGAGAUGGAACAGAAGCUUCGGGCAGAGAUCCUGCAGCUAAAGGAACAUAUUGCCAGCAUUGUCCAAGCUAACAUCCGCAUGGCAGAGGAGCUGAAACGGUACCGAACCUCAGAUGACCUGGAGAAGAAAGUCAGCAAGAUGGUUGAGCAGAUGGAGUGGCAGCACCGAGAAUUGCUGCAGAUGCAGGUGGCAGCCCUGCGGAAGGAGUUUGCCCAGAAAGAGAGUCAGCUGACAAACGGCAAAUCCACACCUCCAGCAGACGUUGCCCUGGAAACCAGGGAGCCGGCUGUGACCUCCUCCAUGCACACUUUUCUGGCCAACGCUGCCCUGGCCUCCACAAACAGCACCCAAUUCACCCUGCCCAACAGUCCCCAGGACACUGUGAUGCCCAGGCCGUUAGACAUUAGCACUGGGGAUGUUGUUUCCUUCGUUGAUCUGCCAGAAAGCUUACCUGGCACUGGAGGCAACAGUCUGGAAAAGCUAGGGAUCGUGGAGCUGCAUCUGGACACAAAACCGACCAUAGUGAACCAGGAAGCUGGCUCCCCACCAGCUCACGCCCAGCUCCUACCCAUUGGUGAAAUGAACGAAUCCAUGGGACUGCUCCCUUCACCGAGCAGAGAGAAGCGGCUGGCACAACACAUGUUGACAAGAGAAACCAAAGCCAAACAGCAGCGGACAGUCUGAUCCAACGUGGGGAACUUACACCACACAAGCCUCUCUCUUCCUAAGCCAGUAGCCAAACAAACUUGCCAGUUCCCUGUUUUGUAGCCAGUGCUUUAAAUGAUAGUUAUAUAUGGUGCUGUCAGUUAUUAAACUGCCCUUAAGUUAUAAACGUAUCCAUAUAUUUAAGUAUGAAAUUCUUUCCUCGGUGUAUGUCUGGGGCGUACUGGGCAGAAAAGAGUUACACACACCACAGAGCCCAGGUGACUUUUCUCCAACAGAAUAGAUUUACCCCCUGAAAUGCCUGUUAAUUAAACAAAAAACUGAUCGUGUCAUUCCAUGAAAUGGGCAACAGGGGAGGCUCACUUGAGGAUUACCUGUUCUCUUCAUUGCCUCUGAAGCACCUGGCACUGGCCACUGUGAGACACAGGAUCCUGGGCUAGAUGGACCUUUGGUCUGAUCCAGUCUGGCCGUUCUUAUUUUCCAAAGGUUCUGCACCAUUCCAGUAUUUGGGCCAGAAAAUGGAAGGUGUGUUCAGAGGCAAUAGAGAAAUCUGUCUCCCUCCGUUCACAUGUUUAUAGCAACACUGUUAACACACACGAGGCAAGUUCCCUGCCCGUUCACUGCUCCAGCACCCCGAGGAGCAAGACUCUGCCAAAGGAGUCCCCACCCCAAUGUCCCCAUGUGCUCAUUUCAAAUGCUGAGCUAGACCUGAGGAGACAGGAGCAGGGGAGUUACAAGAAAUGGUGCUGAGGAGCCGUGAACCUGCCAUCCACUCCCUGUCCAGGGGAGCUGUGGUGGUGGUUGCUUAGACAGAUGGAAAUAUCUCAUUGGAGCCAUUGCACCUAGGACUUGGCUUUUCCCACCAUCGCACCCUGAACAGGCCAGCAGAGCAACUGACACCUCACUAUCUGCUAGCAGAGGAGGUGUGCGAAAGACAGUUCAACACAGACGUCACGGUGCUGUGGUGGGGAGCAGAGUGGACUGACAAAUCUUUCUUAGCAUCUCCGUUUAUCUGUGAGCUUCCAGGACCAAUAGGACUGGAACUGAGCCCUUGUUCUUUCGUAAGGUAAAGGAGGUGAUUAGCAGUGUUCAAAGAACCAGGUCCAGAUUAGUAAGCAGCUUCAGAAGUGACUUGGCCAGCAAAUGAUUGAAACGGGCACUGAUGUACAAUAUGUCCAUAGUUUGUGACUUGCAUCCACAGUCACACUGUGCGUCGUCUCUCAUCUUCUAAAGAUGUAAGAGGUGACAGCAUCUGCCAUGCAGUUUUCUGAAAUAAUUCAAUGUGGAUUGUUGUUUCUGGGGUAGGUUGAAGCCUGAAAGUUUUUUUGUGGGGUCGGCCAUCAGGUGUGUAUUUGUGUAUCAGCAUUCUCUGAAAACGCUCCCCAGCGGCCCUAGGAUUGAAUGGGGAUGCUGAAGGCAUUUACCCUGAUCCCCAAAAGGCUUUCAGAGUUCAGCUGUGUCAUCGGAAGGUUCGGAAGCUCCUCAUGUAUUGGUAAGUUCAAAUUAGCCAUGGUUUGAUUGUAUUCACAAUUGUACUCUGGAUUUUGGGUGUGGGUGUAUGUGCUAGAGUGGACGACCAUUGAUUUUAAUGUUCCAGUUAUAAUUUUUAUUGCAGCAUUAAGCUGCACGUCCAAAAACUUGGUAUGUAGCUGUCCAUGCACACUAUUCUGCAGUUGAGAGUACCCAGUGCCAGAGCAUGUAUGCAUCAACACUGCAUGUUGGGCCUGCACGUUUUUGGAUGAGGCUAGUCCUUGCUAUUACCUUUUCACAUAUCUUCCAUGCAAGCUUUAGGAACCAAGCUUCUGGUCAAGGUUGCACACAAGUACUUUGGACAGGGCUCACUUCUGACCCGUUGACCUCAAAACGUGACACUGAGUUGUUCCUUUGUGGUUCUGCUGUUUACUUGAAAGGCUAUUACUGAGAUUUUGGAGGUGUUGAGGUGGAGCUUCCAGUAUUAAAAGUAUUAUGUUGAGGUCGAUGGCCAAGGUGUCACCACUUGUGGUAAGAUCUUUGUCCUGUACUGCAAGAUUGAUGUUGUCAGCAUAAAUUAAUUUAUACAAAACUGUGUCAGGUAAAUUACUAAUGUAGAUGUUAACUAGCAGAGGAGCCGGCACAGAUCCUUGAGAUACACCAUCACUGGGGGUGCCUGCUUUGCUGAUCUGCCCAGUCAGAAUCACACUGUAUCUUUGAUAGCUCAGCAUUGAUGUAAGGGGUCAUGUAAUGCUACAGCAUUUGAUGGGUCUUGAUACCCAGAGCAAGGGCCCAUAUCUCCAUAACUGAUCCCUGCAGGAGUGAUGGAGGUGGCAAUCAGGGUACAUGUGAACAUGUGGCAGUUUCCUCUGUCAAUUCUGCCCCCCAGGUUUGCUGUUUUGCUAUAUAUUUCAGGAAGUGCAUAGGCUAUCUGGGAAUGCAGUGGGAAUGAUGCACAUCGGACUGAGUUCCUCCCUGGAGUAAAGCUCAUUGGAGUCAAUAGAUUUACACCAGGCAUAAACUUGGCCCUAGAAAGAGCUAUGCGGUUAAGCCAAGGUGAGGUGUGAUUCUUGAUGGCAAAUGCUGUUAAAUAUUCUUUUGAUUUCCUGUGCACUUCCUGCUGAUGAAGGGCUGGAGAGACAAUUCUGGAAAUUUAAGUCCUCCUGUUUUUCCAUAGGUCGGAUACUUUACUGUCAGCAGGAGGGAAGCUUCCCAGACACUGCCCUGCCAAUGAGUCUCAGCCCUGAGCUUGAGAUCAACCUCUAGCAGCGAAAGGCCACACUGGCCUUGAGCUCUCUGCUGGGACUGCCCACAAGGGCUUAUCUUCACAUGUGACGUACCGCACCCCUGUAGCAUUCAGGUGAAGACACUACUAUGCCAAUGGGAGAGCUUUGCCUGGCAGCGUAGUUAAUCCACCUCCCCGAGAGGCAGGAGCUGUGGAUGGGAGAAGCUCUCCCAUUGACAUAGCACUGUCUAAACAAUGAGGGUGGGGUGGGGUGUUAGGUCAAUGUAACUGUGUCACUCGGGUGUUUUCUACACCCUUGAGCAAUGUAGUCGUACCAAUGUAGGGCUGUAGUGUAGACCUGGCCUCAGUCACAUUAUUCUGGUGACUAUAAUGCUUUAGUUUCCCACUUACAUUGCAACAUGAUUUUAGUCUUUGCUAUAUGCUUGAACACUACUAGAGUUAGAGAUUCAUGCUCCACACUAGAUGACAGCUGGAAUUCCAAGGGAAGCAGCUUGGAGGCACUACAGCCUCUCAACAACACAUAUGUAAGAAUUGUUUUUAACAUGGGCCCAACCUCCUUCUCAGAAAUGGCUGAACUGGUUUAGCUGAAAUGUUAAAUAAAAAAGAGAAAAAAAAUUAGCCUGAGGUAGACACCCAGCAUGGAAACGUCAGCCUGAAUGGUUGAAGUUUGGUCAAGUUAAAAGUGACUGAAAACAAGAUCUUAUAACGGAAAGUGUUGGGAAACCUUACGCAUAGGUAGCACUACCAGCCUGGUCUCUAAUAAAGUCCUGGGGUGCCCUCAGGGUAGAAGUGUAAUAUAUUUAGAGGGAAACCCAAACCUAAAGCCUGGAUCAAGACACAGCUGAUUUUUAAGGGCACAGGAAGGUGUUGGCAUUGGAAUCCAACAGCAGUUCUUCUCUAACUGGCCUGCUUUGAACAUCCCUCAAUUUUGAGGUGGUUGAACUCUGCCCCUGGAUGUGAAUUUUGCAGCUUGGGCCCAUUGCUGCCGUAACUGUUACCAAUCAAAAAACAGUCAGGGACUCAUGAUGAUAAGAAGACCACCUAAUGUUACCUAUCUGGGCUGACUUUUCCUAUGUAUCCUCAAGAUCUGCAAUCCCCUGAUGCCUGCUCCCAAACCUCCCUUGUAUUUGUCAAGGUGUUGUUUUAAGAGUCCUGGCUCUCUGGCGAGCACUGUAAGAAUGGAGGAAAACAACAGGCUCUGAAAGACCUUCUGACAGUUACAACUGGCUUUCUGAGGCCCUUGGCAACCUGAUCAGAGGCAACAAGGUCAGUGAAAUAUGGGAGGGAGGAGACACUAACAAAAUUACACUUGAAGCUGCAUCAGCAACCCUUCCUCCCAUCACACUAUCAAAUCUGCCAGUCUCAUUCUGCAGCAGCUGUAGGAGCAGCUGGAAAUGGAUACAGAAGCUGGCUAUUCUGGCGCUGCCCUGCCAUCGCAAUCCCUAUCCGCUCCCAAGAGGACUAUGCUAUCCCCUUAGGAUCACUGCUGAAAGAGGUGGGGCUGGUUACCUAGCAGUGCAUUAGUUAAGAAAGCGUCCAGUCACCAAAACGAAAGGCCCUUUGCCCCCCUUAAAGAAAUGGUAGUGUUCUGUUGUAAUAGCCACAACCCUGGUGGCAUUUGGGACCAGCCCCGUAAAAUAUCAGUAUCAAGUUAUCCUGCCGUGAUUCCAGUGCGUGAGAACCAGCCUCAGCGCAGACUGCUAAGAACCAGGGCACAGACCCCACAUUGUCUGGAGUUCUAUUCUUCGAUUUCACCCCCCAGUUAUCAAGUGUAAACACCUCAGGUUCUAUAAAAGCCUGAACAUGGGGCACGGGCUACACUGGCAAAGUUACAGUGCUGCUCAGAGAGCGCUGAAGGGAAACUGCUGUUGUGUGUUCACACUGACGGCUGCCUGAGCAAUAGCGUGUUCACACUUGCAGCGGUAUUCUGAGCAGUGCACUCUGGGCAGCUUUCCCACAGAGCAUCUCUUCCUCUUCUGCUGCUAAGACUUGUGGGAAGGCGGAGAGGGUCACGGGGCAUCAUGAGUCCUGUCCCAAUGCCCCAUGAUGCCUUGCUUCACAUCCCAGCAAUCCCUGUGCUUCUGUCUGCAUUUGGCGCCAUCUUUCAACCAUUUGUGUACUGUGCGUCCUGCCUCUUCAGGCUGCAGGAAUGGAUCCCGAACUGCUGACCAGUACGCUGCUCGCUCUGACCAACACCUCACAAGUAGCGGUGGAGUUACUCCUGAAAUUACAAAGGCAAGAGGAGUGUGACAUUGAUCUCACCACGUGUAGUAGCUAUAACACGAGUUUGCUUGUAGCAUUCACAGAGGUGCUGACCAAAGUGGAACGUUGCUUUUGGGCUUGGGAAACAAGCAUUGAAUGGUGAGAUCACAUUGUCAUGCACAUCUGGAAUGAUGAGCAGUGGCUGCAGAGUUUUCGGAUGAGAAAAGCCACAUUCAUGGGACUGUGUGAGGAGCUUGGCUCAGCCCUGUGGCGCAAGGACAUGAGAAUAAGAGCUACCCUGUCAUUGGGAAAGCCCGGGGUGAUUGAACAGUGGAAGCUGGCUACUCCAGAUUGCUACCGAUCAGUCGCUAAUCAGUUCGGAUUGGCAAAGUCAACCAUUGGACUUGUGUUGACAGAAGUAUGUAGGGCCUGCUCUGAAAGACCAUGACUCUUGGCAACGUGCAUGACAUUGUGGAUGGCUUUGCACAAAUGGGCUUCCCUAACUGAGCAGGGGGGAUAGAUGGCACGCAUAUUCCAAUUCUGGCACCGGACCACCUAGCCACUGAGUAUAUUAAUCGCAAGAGGUAUUUCUCAAUGGUUCUCCAGGCGCUUGUGGAUCACUGUGGACAUUUCGCAGACAUUAACACAGGCUGGUCUGGAAAGGUGCAUGAUGCACGCCUCUUUCAGAACACUGGCCUGUUCCGGAAGCUGCAAGCAGGGACUUUCUUCCCUGACCAGAAGAUCACUGUAGGGGAAGUCAAAAUGCCCAGUGUGAUCCUGGGAGACCUGCCUUCCCCUUAAUGCCGUGGCUUAUGAAGUCAUACAUGGGGCACCUAGACAGCAGCAAGGAGCAGUUCAACAACAGGCUGAGCAAUGCCGAAUGACUGCUGAAUGUGCUUUUGGCCGUUUAAAACCCGCUAGCGCUGCCUCUAUGGGAAACUGGACCUGGCUGAUGACAAUAUUCCUAUGCUUAUAGCCAUGUGCUGUACGCUCCAUAAUAUUUGUGAAGGGAAGGGUGAAAGCUUCACUCAGAGCUAGACCACAGAGGCUCAGCACCUGGAGGCUGAGUUUGAACAGCCAGAGACCAGGGCUAUUAGAGGGGCACAGCACAGGGCCAUAAGGAUCAGGGAUGCCUUGAGGCAGCAAUUUGAAGCUGAAAGCCACUAGCAUUUGUUGCUGUGCUCAGGAUUGCAGUGCUUGUAAUGCUAGGAGGUGACUGGUGCACAUGAUGCAAUAAGGGGGGUUAACGUAAUUGUAUGUUGCUUUGCAGUGGUCUUUUUGUUUUCAGUUAAUAGAAUAAAGAUUGCUUUCAGACCAACACAAUUAUUUUAUUAAAAUACAACAACUGGAGGAGAAGAUCA